AUGGUUAGGGGUCCUUGCUAUAAAAACCUCAACCGCCGGGCCUGGACUGCCCAAGAAGAUUUGCUUUUGUCUGAAUAUAUCAAAGUUCAUGGAGAUUGUGGAUGGAACUCUCUCCCACAAAAAGCAGGCCUAAAACGGUGUGGGAAAAGUUGCAGAUUGCGUUGGCUGAAUUAUCUACGUCCUCAUAUUAAGCGUGGAAACAUUUCCCAGGAUGAGGAAGAGCUCAUUAUUAGACUGCAUCGACUCCUUGGAAAUAGGUGGUCACUAAUAGCUGGUCGAUUGCCUGGCCGAACAGACAAUGAAAUCAAGAAUUACUGGAAUACUCAUCUGAGUAGAAAGCUGGCAAACGCUGAAUCUAUCGCUCCCAAUCACCAAAAAAUCAAUUCUAUCAAAUCUACUUCUCAUCUAGAAAAUCUUCACAUUCCUUUGAAAACAACUGAUGUGAGAAUUGCAGGCGUUAAUGAAAGUAAAAGUACUCCUUAUCCUCUCUCAGUUAAUCAAGCCUUCAGAUUUCCUGGUGAUGCUGCAAAAAAUAUCAACACCUCCAAAUCAUGGUGUGAGUUGUUCGUGGAAGAAUUGAUGGCAGAUAGUGAUCUUGAGUUUGUUGACAGUACAACGACGAUUAAUUGUGUUGAGACUGAAUCUCCUUCCAUGCAAGUUAUUGUACAACGUCCUCCUUUUUGCAUGCCCAGUUUAAUUGGCCACCAAUUUCUUCAUUCCCAACAUUCUGCAGAGAAUAAAGUGAAUACAUCUAAGAAGACAUUGUUUUCCAACGAAAUGACUUCUCCCCAUGAAAAUCUUCUUUUACCUUCACUAGAUUUGGCAAAGAAUUUCGGAGACCAAGAUCUCGAAGGAAAGCUGACAAAUGAGUUGAACUAA